AUCCAAACAACCACUGUACUCAAGUAAUGUUGGGAAGCUAAUGCAGAUAACCCCCUCCCCCACCGCCAUAGAUUUCUUCCUUUUUUCUUUUCCACCCCUCCCUUCUCUUCCCCCCCCAUCCACCCAUGACUCCACACUCACCAUCUCCUCCGCCAUCCAUCACUGUUCAGCGAACCCCAACACCAUCUACUUCUUCGCAACUCCAACCACAAGAUGAUGCCCCUGAAACGCCGCUGUCGCCUACUGCGACCCCUCGGGCCCCAACAUGCAUGAUUAUAUGGCGAUGGAUGCAAGGUCCUAACCCACCCAGAGACGUUACUUUCACGCCGUUCUUCGCCAAAUGGCAGGAUCUACCAUUACGUUUUCUCUACCGUGGCCCUCUGAAGCGGAGGAGAUGGCAGCUAGUGCUGCUGCUGCUCUUCUGGUUCACCUGGUUGACAACUUUCAUCACUGUUGUCCAUAAUUCUAGGUUUAUUUCCAAGGUGAAUGGGCAGGAUCCCUAUUUCCUUAGCUGCGCCUCGGUAUUGUGGUCGAAGAAUAACUUAUGUGGGAUCGACGGCGAGUAUUGCCGACCAUUCGCUAACUCCACAGCAUCGUUUCGAUGUCCUGCUGGCUGUCUAGGGACCAACGUACUUAACCCGCGUGCGGUUGGCGAGCAGAUCGUUGCAUAUCGACCGUUGGUUAUCGGUGGGCCUUCCGGGAACUCUGCCGGUGGGUUACUUGAGGAUGCAGUUUACCGGUCAGAUUCGUUCAUCUGCUCUGCCGCCAUCCACUCUGGACUGAUAUCCAAUCGGUACGGCGGAUGUGGGGCAUUUACACUUGCUGGUUCACAAAGUUACUUCCCGUCGUCAAAACACCACGGGAUUUCUUCAAUUAUGUUUGACGCGACAUUCCCAUCCUCCUUCAACUUCCUCUCAGGGGUAAACACAUCUCACUGCCACGACCUCCGCUGGCAUCUCCUCGCCGUAUCUCUUCUCUUCACAAUCCUCUCCUCCCUCUUCGUAACCUCCAUCCCCAUCUUCUUCGCCUCCGUUUUCACAGGAACAUUCUUCCACGUAGGUCUAGCCUCGGAUCCACCCUUCUCCACAAACCCUUAUGACCUAAUCUCCAUCUCUCUCGCCCGCUUCCUCCCUGCCGCCUUCUGCGCCUUCGUAAUAUACAAAUAUGCGGCAGCCUAUACCUUAUCCCUCUCCCGUUACCACACAAUCGAGAAGACCCUCCUUUGGCUCUCGGGCCUCUGGAUCGGCGCGCUGAACAACAUCACCCUCGAUCCAAUAAUUCCCAUAUACCGCCUAACUGGCCGCGACCUCCGUCAGCAGCCCAACGCGAUAACAGCAUUGGUAAUUGUAGUCCUCCUCCUACUUGUAAUAAUCAUCUUCCAAGCGCACUUCUUCCGCCUCACGGGCCGAAUGCCGAAAUACCUCCUGACGUAUGCCGGCUUCGGCGUCGGCCUCUCCCUCCUUGCCGCGAUCCCCGGCUCCGCGCUGCGCAUACACCACUACAUCCUCGCCCUUCUCCUCCUCCCUGGCACCCGCCUACGCAACCGAAUGAGCCUCUUGUACCAAGGUCUCCUCGUCGGACUAUUCAUUAACGGCACAGCAAGGUGGGGUUUCGCCGGCAUCGUGGAAACCCCAGAAUCCCUCCGCGGCCGAGACGGCCUCCACUUCUCCACCAUCCCUCGCCUCGUCACGCCCGAGAUCCCCCCCGCGGGCAACAACGUUACGUUUUUCUGGGAGAACGUAAAGACCCGUGGGUGGGAGGAGGGCGUUAGCGUAGUCAUCAACGACGUGGAGAGGUUCCGCGUCAGUGGGGUUUCCGGCACUGCUACUUGGAACAGGACUAGGACUGCGGCGGGCGGUUGGGAGAAGGUGUAUGUUCGGGUGGGCUACUGGGGCACUGGGGGGAUGGGGGAUUAUACUGCCGCUGGGGUGGUGGAGGCGGAUGGGACUUGGAGAGCACCGGGUGGUGGGAGGACUUGA